GGAGCCGCCGAAGCGAUAGACUGCAAUUAUUGCCGAUCGCGCGGCAUGAAAAUUUAACUAAAUUAUUGUUAAUUUAUACAGCGUUCCCGUCCAACUGACAUUUAUCUACGGCUGUCACAAAAAUCGCAAUCAAAUUCUGUUGAACAGAUCGUCAAGAGGAGAUCGAAUCGAUUGGUUCGUUCGUUCGUUCAGUUAAGCAACGGCAGUGCUUGAGGCAAGAAGGCAUUUCGCAGUGGAACGAACGCCAAACGGAAAAUAUUUGAAAAUAUUUUAAAAGUCGCAACUAAUUGAAUUAUUUAUAGAAAAAAUAUCAGCAGCUGAUAUUUAAGUGUUUCUGUUGUGUUGUGUUAACCAGCAAAAUGACUACGAAAUUCACAAUUAAUGGACAGCCGUACACGGUGAAUCUCACCAAUCUCCCCCCGGACAUCACUCUGAACACCUUCAUACGGGAGCAUGCCCAGCUGACGGCCACGAAGUUCAUGUGCCAGGAAGGCGGAUGUGGAGCCUGUGUGUGCGUGGUGCGCAACGCAACCCGCAGCUGGGCCGUCAAUUCGUGCCUCACGCUGCUGAAUACCUGCGCCCAGCUGGAGAUCGUCACUGCCGAGGGGUUGGGCAACCAGCGCACCGGCUACAAUCCCAUUCAGAAGCGUCUGGCCAAGAUGAAUGGCACCCAGUGCGGCUACUGCUCGCCGGGAUUCGUGAUGAACAUGUACGGGCUGCUGGAGCAGCACCAGGGCCAGGUGAGCAUGGCCCAAGUGGAGAACGCCUUCGGAGGCAACAUCUGCCGCUGCACCGGCUACCGCCCCAUACUGGAUGCCAUGAAGUCCUUUGCGGUGGACAGCGACAUUGCGGUGCCCGCGGAGUGUGCGGACAUCGAGGAUCUGAACCUGGAGGCGCGCAACUGUCCCAGGACGGGGGAGCCCUGCAGCGGCAGCUGCCACCGUUCCACUUUGCUCUACGAGGACGGCAGCCAGUGGCACUGGCCGAAGACCCUGACGGAGCUGUUCGAGGCGCUGGACAAGAUCGGAGAGGCAGACCAAUUCAUGCUGGUGGCUGGCAACACGGCGCACGGUGUCUACAGGCGAUCGACGGACAUUAAGCACUUCGUUGAUGUGGCUGGGGUGGAGGAGCUGCAUGGGCACAGCACUGAGGGGCAGCAGCUGAAGCUGGGAGCGAACCUCAGUCUGACCCAGACCAUGGACAUCCUUCGCACGACGUCCAAGCAGCCGGGCUUCGAGUAUCUGGAGGUGCUGUGGAACCACUUGGACCUCAUUGCGAAUGUCCCCGUGCGGAAUUCGGGAACCUUGGCUGGAAACAUUUCGAUCAAGAAACAACAUCCCGAGUUCCCCUCGGAUGUCUUUCUCUCCCUUGAGGCUUUGGAUGCCAAGGUUCUGGCCAUGAAGAGCGCCACCGAAGAGCAGACCCUCUCCCUGGGGGAUUACUUGAGUGAUUCCAACAGGAAACUGGUCAUCAAGGCAUUCCUGCUGCCCGCCUAUCCCAAGGAUAAGUUUAUAUACGACUCCUACAAGAUCAUGCCUCGUGCCCAGAAUGCCCACGCCUAUGUCAAUGCUGCUUUUCUGCUCGAGUUGGACAGCGGUGCGAAGGUGAAGAGUGCCAGGAUUUGCUUUGGCGGCAUUCGACCCGACUUCGUGCACGCCACUGCCAUCGAGCAGCUGAUGGUGGGCCACAGUCCCUACGAGAGUGGACUCAUAGAGCAGACCUUCGACACGCUUCCCAGCCAGUUCAAUCCGGACGAGGUGCUGCCCGACGCCAGUCCCGCCUACCGCUCCAAAUUGGCUUGCGGAUUGCUCUACAAGUUUCUGCUGAAGCAUGCCCCGAACGCGGAGGUCGCGGAUAACUUCAAGAGCGGCGGUCAGAUCCUUGAGCGUCCAUUAUCGUCGGGUGUGCAGGUGUACGAGACCCAGAAGCAGAACUAUCCCGUAACACAGGCCGUGCAGAAGGUGGAGGGCAUGAUCCAGUGCUCGGGGGAAGCGACCUACAUGAACGAUGUGCUGACCGCGUCCAACACCGUGUACUGCGCCUUCGUGGGCGCGACCAAGGUGGGAGCCACCAUCGAUGCCAUUGAUGCCAAAGAGGCGCUGCAGCAGCCUGGGGUGAUUGCCUUCUACAGUGCCAAGGAUAUACCGGGAACAAACACCUUCUGCGAGCCAAGCUUUGGCUACCAGGCGGAGGAGAUCUUCUGCUCCGGCAUGGUGCGGCACUCGGAACAACCUGCGGGUGUAAUGGUAGCCCUCACUGCCGAUCAGGCUCAGCGCGCUGCAAAGCUGGUGAAGAUCACCUACUCUAAGGCGAACGCGGACUUCCAGUUGAUGCCCAGCAUCGAGGAUGUCUUUGCCGGCGACUCUCCGGAUCCUUCACGCAUCAUUGCUGUGGCCAAAUCGGAGCUGAACGAGGUGACAUUCUCCGACACUCCCGACGUGGAAGUCAGAGGCAUAUUCCAGAUGGGCCUGCAGUAUCACUUCACCAUGGAGCCCCAAACGACGGUGGUCAUUCCCUUUGAGGACGGCCUGAAGGUCUUCUCGGCUACGCAGUGGAUGGACCACACGCAGGCUGUCAUCGCCCACAUGCUGCAGCUGAAGGCCAAGGAUGUGCAGCUACAGGUGCGUCGCUUGGGCGGUGGCUAUGUGUGCAAGAUAACCCGCGGCAACCAGCUGGCCUGCGCCGCUUCUUUGGCUGCCCAUAAGCUGAAUCGUCCUGUGCGCUUUGUGCAGUCUCUGGAGUCGAUGAUGGACUGCAAUGGCAAGCGCUGGGCCUGUCGCUCCGACUAUCAGUGCCACGUGAAGGCCAACGGCAAGAUUGUUGGCUUGUCGAACGAUUUCUACGAGGAUGCUGGCUGGGUGAACAACGAGAGUCCCAUCGAGGGCCACUCGACACUGACGGCCACCAAUUGCUACGACUUCACUGGCGUCAACUUCAAGAACAAUGGCAACGCGGUGAUGACAGAUGCGCCCAGCUCCACUUGGUGUCGGGCACCGGGCUCGGUGGAGGGCAUUGCCAUGAUGGAGAACAUCAUUGAGCAUGUGGCCUUCGAGGUGCAAGGCGAUCCGGCAGCCGUGCGACUGUUCAACAUAGCUGCCACAAACAAAAUGUCGGAGCUGUUGCCGCAGUUCCUGGCGUCGCGGGAGUACCACGCCAGGAAGCAGCAGAUCGAGGAGCACAAUGCCAAGAACCGCUGGCUGAAGCGCGGCCUGGGCCUGGCCGUAAUGGACUAUCCCAUUUUCUACUUUGGCCAGUAUCCCGCCACGGUGGCCAUCUACCAUGUGGAUGGCACUGUUGUGGUCACCCACGGAGGCAUUGAAAUGGGUCAAGGAAUGAACACCAAGGUGGCUCAGGUGGCUGCCUAUACGCUGGGCAUCGAUUUGGGUUUCAUCAAGGUGGAAUCUUCGGACACCAUCAAUGGGGCCAACUCGAUGGUCACUGGCGGGGCCGUGGGCAGCGAGAGUCUCUGCUUUGCCGUGCGCAAAGCCUGCGAGACCCUCAACGGCCGCCUGCAGCCGGUGAAGAAGAGCGGCGACAGCUGGGUGCAGACCGUGGAGGCUGCCUAUGCCAAGUCCAUCAAUCUGAUUGCCUCCGAUCACUACAAAGCGGGGGACAUGGAGAACUACCACGUGUACGGCAUGGCGCUCACCGAAAUCGAGCUGGAUGUGCUCACCGGCAACAAUCAAAUCAAGCGCGUGGACAUCCUGGAGGAUGCUGGCGAGAGUCUCAGUCCGUUCAUCGAUAUUGGGCAGGUGGAGGGCGCCUUUGUCAUGUGCCUGGGCUACUGGCUCAGCGAACUGCUGAUCUACGAUCGCGAAACGGGCCGCCUGCUGACGAACCGCUCGUGGAACUACAAGCCGCCCGGCGCCAAGGAUAUACCCAUUGAUUUUCGCAUUGAAUUGGCCCAGAAACCCAAUGCCAAUGGGCCCGGUUUUAUGCGCUCCAAGGCCACUGGGGAGCCGCCCUGUUGCCUGGCCGUGAGUGUGGUGUUUGCCCUGCAGCAGGCCCUGCAAUCGGCCAGACAGGAUGCGGGCCUGCCGCGCGAGUGGGUGCGUCUGGGCGCACCCUCGACGCCGGAGACUUUGGUGCUGAAUGCGGGACAUGAGGCGACCAGCUUUCGGCUCAAGUAGUUUCUAAUUUUGAAUGGGUUUUCCUUUGUUUUUCUCUUUUCCACAUUUACUUCAAAUAUAUUUACUAUGCAUUGUACCCCAAAGGGUACCCCAUUGUUA